UGGUUUUUGAAGUCUUGACAAUGAAGGUGGCGGUGGAGAUAUUGACAGGAACACUCUUCUACGUUCAAGUUGAAAAUGAUGCGACGGUGGCUGAUCUAAAGAAGGAGAUUGAAAGCCAGCAAAAGCUCCCUUGUGACCGUCUGAUUCUACUGCUGGACGAUGAUGAAAGCCAUCUGAUGAUGAGCCAAGAGCAGGAUGAAGUGUCUUUGGUUGAAUGUGGGGUGAGAGAUGGGUCUCAUAUCUACCUCUUUUUUAACCCUCUUGAUGAUUGGUCCUCCCAACAUCUUGCUUUCACUUUGCCGGAUUCUCUAGCAGGGUUGCCUUAGUUCUUUGCUACUACAAAGGAAUUAAUAGGAGAUUAGACGAGAUUAGCUGACAUGUCCCUUUUAUUGAUCAUGUUUCUCUAUACAAAAAUAUAAUAUUCUUGUUUUA